AUGUCCGAUUCAUCAAGCGGCACCUCCACACCCUCAUCCUCCCGCCCACCAAAUCAAUCCGCCUCCUCCUACCUCUCGUACCCCGUAAGCCAUAUAGCGGGCUCUCUCUACCGCCGCCUGACCGACCAAGGUCCUAGCCGCUCUCGAUCACCGUCCUCGAAACGAUCCAUACCCGCCCCGACCGAGAAGCCUACGCUUGACGUACACAAUGGUUUCUACACACCUCCCCACAGAGACGCGUCCCCCUUCCAGCCUCCUCCACUUACUCCGCUCACCCUUUCCGGAGCCUCGGAUUCGACUAUACUCUCCAAAGCAAUCGCCGAAGAAAUUCGCCUUCUCGUGCCUCCGCGACUCCAGCUAUCCGAAACCUGGAGCCUAGUCUACAGUCUUGAGAACGACGGGAUCUUCGGCGCCUAUCUAACCGACCCUCCCAAGCCUACCUCCUCUUUCUAUGGCACAGGCGAGUGCUUCCUUUGGCGGGCUUCUCUAUCUCAAACCACAUCUCUACUCGCCAAUCUUCCUCCUCCACCAUCCGCAGACACGGAGAGAAUGGGUCGAAGCACCACCAUCGCAUCUCCUACCUCGCCUACUCUAUCCCCUGUGACUUCACAUUCUCAACAUGCCGGGACGAGCAGUGGCCCACAGCUCAUAAGCGGCGGCGCUGACAACGUUGGUGAUGGGCUAGGCCCAAUGGACUCCAUUAGGUUCAAAGCUUUCCCGUACAGUGGCAUCAACGAUUACUUGAUUCACUGCGAGAACAACUUCUUGAGUGUUGGAGGUGGAGAUGGGAAAUAUGGGUUGUGGCUUGAUGGGGUUUUGGAGGCGGGGGUUAGCAGUGCCGGAUGCUUGACGUUCGGGAAUGAGGCGUUGAGUGAAGAAGGGGAGAAGUUCGAGGUCGUAGGGGUGGAGAUAUGGGGGCUUGGGACUGGGGACUGA